AUGUUUAAUGGGUUGAAUUUUGUAGAUUGGAGUGAACAAGUUCAAUUUCACCUCGGUGUAUUGGAUCUUGAUUUGACACUCUUAAGUGAUCAACCUGGUGAUAUUACUGAUUCUAGCAGUGCUGAAGAAAUAACCUAUUAUAGUAAUUGGGAAAGAUCAAAUAGGUUUAGUUUGAUGUUUAUGCGAAUGAGUGUUACAAAUAACAUCAAGACAACUAUUCCCAAAACUGAAAAUGCUAAAGAGUUUUUAAAGUUUGUGGGAGAGCAUUCCCAAAUAGUAGAUAAGUCUCUUGCUGGGACAUUAAUGGGUACGUUAACCACUAUGAAGUUUGAUGAUUCACGCACUAUACAUGAGCAUGUUGUUGAAAUGACAAAUAUUGCAGCAAAACUUAGGACUUUGGGAAUUGAUGUGAAUGAAAACUUUCUUAUUCAGUUCAUUUUAAACUCAUUACCAACUGAGUAUGGACCGUUUCAAAUGAACUAUAACACCGUGAAAGAUAAAUGGAAUGUGCAUGAGUUGCACAGUAUGCUAGUUCAAGAGGAAACACAACUGAACAAUAAAGAAAUUCACUCUAUUCAUUAUGUGAACAAUCAAGGAGCUGAAAAGAAAGCAAAAAAGCAUGGAAAGGGGAAAGGAUCUUUGAAGGAUAAUGAAUCCUUUUCUCAUAUCCAGAAGAAGGUAUCAAGUAAGGACAAAUGUUGUUUCUAUGGAAAACCUAGACAUUACCAGAAGUACUGCUUCAAUUGGAAAGCUUGGUUCGAAAGGAAGGGUAAGCCUAGAACUUAUGUAUGUUUCGAAUUGAAUUUAGCUGAAGUUCCUUAUAAUACUUGGUGGAUUGAUUUUGGACGUACAACUCAUGUUUCUAAUAUGAUGUAG